AUGGCUGUGGCAACAGAAUCUUUUACCAGUCCUCAGUUGACAGAGCCUGCUCAUGCUCGCAUAUGCCUACCCUCUUCCCAUGAUCAGUUCCCACAAACCGUGACUGAGCUGUUCCUCCAUAACGUCGCCAAGUAUGAAGAUGCGCCAUGUCUUGGCUACCCUGCUACAGAUCGGGGCAAGGCUGACUAUGUCUAUUAUUCAUUUCACCAAUUGAACGGUCUCGUUGACAAAGCUGCCCGGUAUUAUGCAGAAUUGGGUCUCAUCUCAAAGGUAUCAGCAACCACCACCCCAGUGGUGGCUCUGCUGGCGCCCUCAAGCCUCGAUUAUGUCAUUUCACUUCUUGCCCUUAGCAGGAUGGGCUUUGCCGUUCUGUUUCUGUCCACCCGUCUGCCUGUUGAAGCAUACGUCAACUUGCUCCAGAAGACAUCUUGUCACAAGCUGAUCGUGGCAAACAACUACCUUGCAACAGCAAAGGAAAUACAAGAACAAUAUGAUAUAACCAGCAUUGGUAUCGUCGAUAAGAGUGUAUUGGAUGAUAUCGAGCCCAACGAAUUUACAUAUCCUCAACAAUCAAACACAAACAAUUCGAGCCAAGUCGCAUUCAUAAUUCACUCUUCGGGUUCGACCGGCCUGCCAAAGCCCAUCUUCCAAACCCACGAAGCUUGUAUCAAGAACUAUUCAAGCGGCAUCCCAUACCGCGCAUUCUUGACAUUGCCACUCUUUCACAAUCACGGCAUAUCGACAUUGAUGAGGGCAUUCUGCGCUGGAAAGCGAAUUUCCAUGUACAACGCCAAUCUUCCAUUGGCGGGAAGCACCCUGGCCGAGGCCAUUGCAGCGACUGGGGCUGAAAGCUUACAUUGCGUGCCUUUUGCGCUCAAGCUUCUAGCUGAGACUCCCGGUGGUAUUGAGACACUGCAGCGGUGCAAGCUCGUUUUGUACGGUGGAAGCAGCUGCCCAGAUGAUCUUGGAGACCUCUUGGUAAAGAAUGGCGUCUAUCUCGUGGGACAUUAUGGAGCCACCGAGAUGGGACAACUAAUGACUUCAUUUCGGGACCCCUCGGAUACGGCUUGGAAUUACUUGAGACCCCUCGAGUCUGUGAAGCCAUACCUCAGUAUGGUCCCAUUGGGCGGCGGUAGCUAUGAAUGUGUGGUGCUCGACGGCCUGCCGACAAAAGUCAUGUCCAACUCGGACGACCCACCAAACUCUUAUGCCACAAGAGACACAUUCAUUCCUCACCCCAGCAUCCCAGAUGCUUGGAAAUAUCUCGGAAGACUCGAUGACCGGGUCACGUUGGUCAAUGGGGAAAAGGUAUUGCCUGUCCCGUACGAGCAUUUUGUGCGCCAGCACGAGCUCGUCCAAGAAGUUGUCGUUUUUGGUGUCGGAAGAGCUGUCCCUGGCUUGCUUGUCAUUCCUAGCGACAAGGCCCGAGGCAUGGGACGAGACGAUCUAUUGCAAGAGCUCCUCCCAACUAUCCAAGCAGCCAACGCGCGCACAGAGGCAUUCGGGAGAGUGACUCCCGAAAUGGCGGAAUUUCUGGAUGUGGGUGCGGAUUAUCCUCGAACGGACAAGGGUACCGUCAUCCGCGCUGCAUUUUACAACAAGUAUGCUUCUCUGAUUGACGCCGUCUACGCUCGCUUCGAGACACCUGUUGAACAAGAUGGAGCUACGUCUCUGCGCGUUUUCAGCCACGAUGAGCUUCAGUCGUAUCUACUCAAGCUUUUCCGGGAAAAACUCGGGUUUUCAGACCUAACAGUUGAAAGUGACCUUUUCAAUGCCGGGGUCGACAGCUUGCAGGCCAUCACGGUCCGGGCGCAGAUUAUUCGUGAGGUAGACGUCGGAGGCAAGCCGCUCAGCUCAAAUCUUAUUUUUGAAUAUCCCUCGAUUCAAAACCUAGCACAACAUCUUACUUUGUUGAGAAGUGGUCAAGAAGUUGUUGCGGACAAUGAGGUUGAAGUUAUGCAAGAAUUAAUUGCCAAGUAUUCUGUUUUCCAGAGUCGGACGCCGGGCCAGAAUGAACCGAGAUUUGAGACUGCGCUUCUCACGGGUGCCACUGGCUCUCUCGGUGCCUUUAUGCUCAGCCAAAUGGUGCAGUUGCCUCAGAUGAACAAGAUAUUCUGCCUUGUUAGAGCGACAUCGCAAAGCCAUGCGCUGGAGAGAAUAGUGUCCACGUUUGCAGCCAAAGGACUCGCCCCUUUGACCUUGGACCAGCUAGCCAAAGUGUCUAUACUGCCCGCUGAUCUCAGCCGAGAGUCCCUUGGCCUGGAGCAACACGUGCUUGAUGAGCUGCGUAGCACCUUGACGGUGGCAAUUCACUCGGCAUGGGCAGUCAACUUCAAUUUGGGUGUGCGCAGCUUUGAGUCUCAGCACAUCCGCGGCACGUAUAACUUGCUCAACCUCUGCUUGGCCACGGAUACUGUGCAGCCAGCCCGCUUCUUCUUCUGCUCAUCAAUCUCGGCCGCUGCUGGUACGCCUAUUCCAGCCAGUAUUGCCGAGGCGCAUGUUGCCGACUGCAACCACGCACAAGCCAUGGGAUACGCCAGGUCAAAGCUGGUCACGGAGCAUAUCAUCCAAGCCGCGGGGGAGAAGACGGGCAUGCAGGCGCGGGUGCUGAGACUUGGGCAGAUUAUUGGCGACACUCAUCGUGGCAUCUGGAACCUCACAGAGGCCAUUCCGCUAAUGAUACGUAGCGCACGCAGCUUUGGUGCGCUCCCCGCUCUCGAUGAGACGCCGUCUUGGAUGCCAGUCGACAAGAUGGCACAGGCAUGUCUCGAACUCGCCGGUCUGGUACCAAGCUCGGGCGAUGCAUCUUCAAUAGUAGGUGGAGGGGAAAGCAUUCACGAUGCUUCAGUGGUCUACCAAGUUCAGAAUCAACGCCUCUUUCACUGGACACGGGAUCUUCUUCCUGCUCUCAAGUCUGCGGGGCUGGAAUUCGACAUUGUAUCUCAGCGUCAAUGGGUAGCUCUACUGCGCGAGUCCAACGCGGAUCCAAAGCAGAACCCUACGAUUAAGCUGCUGGAAUUCUUUACGGGGAAGUAUGACAAUGAUAAGCCAGGGCGGGAGGGUCUUGUAUUUGAGACGCGUGUUACAUCUGAAGCGAGCAAGACGGUUGACCAAGGCUUUGAUGUCAUUGGAAGUGGACUGGUUGACAAGAUGGUUUCAUGGUGGAGCUCUGAAUGGCGAUAA